GGCGGCUUUACCAGUCACAGCCUCCCCUGGAUAGAUGGAGCAGUUGUGGCAAAACACCGUGGCGCACAGCAGCAGGCAGCAGCUGAGCGGAGAGAGAGGAGCGCGCAUGAAAACAGAUCAGAGUCAUUCCCAUCACUCUCCGCCGGCCGAUCGGACCGCAGACACAUCACAGGGUAACAGAAUCUUGCACAACAAAGGAUGACCCUAAAAGGAAAAGCACAAGGACUGAUAAAACACCCGAGGACCGUCAACAGGGGAGCGUGACUGAUUUCCCAUGGAGGAGAGCGCAAGAGGGUGAGCUCUACUCUCCUUCACUUGGUACCAAGAUACAAGUUGGAUGUAUGCCGAAGACGUGGAUUUUGGGGGACUGGAUAUUUUUAUUAGUCCGUUCAAUUAGCCUUGUUGAUUUUGGAUUCAAUUAUUUACAAGCCAACCCACGACGUUGCUGCGGGUCCUGAGCUGUCCACAUCCACAGAGCGGAGCGCACGCUGCCUAAACAUUUAGAAAAUAAGCAAAUAAACUGCGCCUCUGUUUCAAAGACGUCAACCCCGGGAUUGCACUGCCAGAGAUGAUUUAGGUUAGUGGCCAAAAUAACUUGAAUGUUUUUGAAAGCUGAGCGGUCGUUUUUGCUGUGUCCACACAAACGGGCACGCAAACUAAACCAAAAGAGAAAAAAAUGACCUCGCAUCUGGAUUAUAACGACAUGUCAGCAUAAAAAAAACCGCGAUAUUGAUGUGCUUUCCUACAUGUGACGAAUUAGACAUUUAAGAUGUAUCUCUCUGAUAUCAAAAUGGUCUGUUGAGACUUUUGAACGCUGUUUCCAGCCUUUUUUUUUUUUUGACUCACCACUCAGGUGGAAAUGUUGGCUGACUGUGCCAUGUGUACUAACACGGGAGCUGCAUUUAAAUUAAUAAUAAAAUUAAAUAAAUAAUACGCAACACCUAGCAGCCGGGGUGGAUCAGCGUCGAUACUGGCACCAAUAUAAUCACACUGACACGCCUCGAGGAUCAUUAAACAAAUCAGAUAAACGCAGGGCGAAAACGAUCAAUAGAAGUUAUUGAUGAGGUGGUAUAUAAGGCUAAUGAUUGGCCAAGCCUCUGUUUACUCAACAGCUCGGCAACAAUAUGGUGUGAAACUUUCGCUGAGGGCUUGACAGCUGAGGCAUGCAGUGAGAGGAGAAAAAGGAACAAGGACUUUACUUUUCAUGUCAUUUUUAAUUCUGCUACAGUGCUGAUUUGAAGAAUAAUUACAAACAACAGCUGGAAUAUUCCUCCUCUUCAAACUAGAAUGUCUGCUGCUUGUACUGCUGCUGCAGGAAUUUAUGAACCAGGCAUUUUUUGGGGGCACUUUUCCAAGAGAUCUUUUUGAAAUAUUUAUAGCAGCUCUUGUGCAAGGAUGGUGGUUGUGACAAGGAGCUUAUGGAUGACCCAGUCUGUGGGAGAGCUGGUGCCGAGACAAUUGACCUCUCCACCAGCUACGCCGUCGGUCUAAAACUUCUCCCCAGAGAGGCACAGCUGCUGCAGGCUGGGGAUGUGAUGGGGUGACUGUUGACACCCCCCUCACCCACCCCCUCUCUCACUUUAUUAGCAGUGUAAUAUAAACAAUGGAUCAGAAUUUCUCAACGGUUCGAGAUGGCAAGCAGCUGCUACCCGAGAGAGACUCGUCCAAACGUGUGCUGACAGGGUGCUUCCUCUUCCUCCUCAUCUUCACCACGCUGCUAGGCAACACGCUUGUGUGUGCUGCCGUCACCAAGUUCCGACACCUGAGGUCAAAGGUCACCAACUUCUUUGUCAUCUCCCUGGCCAUCUCUGACCUUCUGGUAGCUAUCUUGGUAAUGCCGUGGAAGGCAGCGACUGAGAUCGUGGGAUUUUGGCCGUUUGGUGCGUUCUGCAACAUAUGGGUGGCGUUUGACAUCAUGUGCUCCACUGCCUCCAUCUUGAACCUGUGUGUGAUUAGUGUCGACCGUUACUGGGCCAUCUCAAGCCCAUUCCGCUAUGAACGCAAGAUGACCCCUAAAGUGGCAUGUCUGAUGAUCAGUGUGGCGUGGACCCUGUCCGUCCUCAUCUCCUUCAUUCCUGUUCAGCUUAACUGGCACAAAGCUCAGACCAUCAGCUACGCAGAGCUAAAUGGAACAUACCCUGGCGAUCUGCCCCCAGACAACUGCGAUUCUAGCCUUAACAGGACCUACGCCAUCUCCUCCUCCCUUAUCAGCUUCUACAUUCCUGUAGCUAUUAUGAUCGUCACAUACACUCGGAUCUACCGCAUUGCCCAGAAACAGAUACGGAGAAUAUCUGCCCUGGAGCGGGCGGCAGAGAGUGCCAAAAACCGUCACAGCAGCAUGGGGAAUAGUUCGAACAUGGAGAGUGAGAGCUCAUUCAAAAUGUCGUUCAAACGAGAAACCAAAGUCUUAAAGACGCUCUCAGUCAUCAUGGGAGUGUUUGUGUGCUGCUGGUUGCCCUUCUUCAUCCUUAACUGCAUGGUUCCGUUCUGUGAGACGAACUUGCCGGACGGCGCCACAGACUUCCCCUGCAUCAGCUCCACCACCUUUGAUGUGUUCGUGUGGUUUGGCUGGGCAAACUCCUCGCUCAACCCCAUCAUCUAUGCCUUCAACGCCGACUUCCGCAAGGCCUUCUCCAUCCUCCUGGGCUGCCACCGCCUCUGCCCAGGGAGCAACGCCAUCGAGAUCGUCAGUAUUAACAACAACAUGGGCGCCCCUACCUCGAACCCCAACUGUCAGUAUCAGCCCAAGAGUCACAUCCCAAAGGAGGGCAACCAUGCAGCUAGCUAUGUGAUCCCCCACAGCAUCCUGUGUCAGGAGGAAGAGUUACAGAAGAAGGAUGGAUGCGGAGGGAAGAUUGAGGCAGGGAUGGUAAACAACGCCCUGGAGAAACUCUCCCCAGCCAUCUCUGGGAAUUUAGACAGCGACACUGAGGUCACACUGGAAAAGAUCAAUCCCAUAACACAGAACGGACAGCAUAAAGCUGUGUCAUGUUGAGAAAAGGCAAAGAUGAAUCAGAGUACACUGAGGCAUGUAUGUACGCACAAAGGGAAGAAAAGCUUACACAGGAGGACAGCAAAAGAAACAAAAGAGAUAGACAUCUUGAAGAACAUGCCUGCCAGGGAAACAGUGAGCGGGAUAUACAGAACCAUAAGACUUUCAACAAAAAUCUACAUGGAAAAACCGACAGAAUGUUCUAAAGUAAAGGCACUUUAUCCUGGAUAUAACUAUCUGCAAAAUAUGUUCAGCAUUUAUUGAUGAAAUUGACACAUUUGAUGAUAAAUGUUGAUAAUGUGAAUAUUAAAGCAAAACACUAGCUAUGUGCACAUGUAUGCAUUUUUUUAACAUUUACAAAGAUGUAUACAUCUGCAUGUGUAUACUGUACAGUACUGACACAAUCCUGCAAGACUUUCACACAGUAUAUACAGUGGAGGAAGAUGUAGUAACUAUUAGCAAAAUGUCUUGUAGGUAGGUGAUUUGUAUGUGUUUCAUGGAAGAGAGAACAAUGUGGGUAAAUUGGUUUUGGUACAGUAUAAUUAGCUUAUUGCAGUUCUCUUCAGUACAUUUUUAAUGACCAAAGUAACAAUAUUCUGAUUCAAACUUAACAGGCAGGGGGCAGAUAAUGCAGUUUUUACACCCCCCUACUCAUGUUAUCUUGCACUAUCUCCAGAUUCUUAGGUCCAACUGAUGUGUGUGUGUGUGUGUGUGUGUGUGUGUGUGUGAGAGAGAGAGAGAGAGAGAGAGAAAGCGAGGGGGAUAGAAAAAGUCAUGGUCUACUUUCCUUCCCUUGUAUCCUAUUCUGAUCCAUCAUCAGUCUUGCCCACCUGGGACUGAUCAGACUGGCUCACCUGAAGUUUCCUCCAUUUCUUCUCUUCACUCCCUUUUUUCAUUAGCUUUGUCUUCCCCUCUUUGCCGCUCUUCAGAAAACCCUCUCUAGGGCUUUGCUGUCUCCUCUCCUUUCCAUUUUUCUGCUCCUUUCCUCAGUCAGCAAAGUCCCCUCCUCUCUCGCACUGCCCCUAUUUCUUCAGUGUUGGCAACCUCUUCCCGCCUCUCUCCUCCCAACUAUUCCCUCAGUCAGCAUGGUCCUUUACAUCUGCACCAUACGUUCCUUUUAUGUUUUCCUUCUUCUGUCUGCCUCCUCUACACCUUCUCCUUUGGCAGCCCUCCAUUUUAAGUCCUUACUCUGCCCACUUUAAGUGGCACUAAUGAUUCUAUUUUUGGCAAAUGCUGUGAGUUCAUAAUUAAAAAAGAAUGUAAAUCUGUAAACUAAAACACCCACACUGCCACAGAGGAGGCAGAGCAACAGCAGCAGAGUUACCUCAGCUGUAAUACAAGUGACACUUAGUGACCUUUUGCAAACUUGCAGAUAUCUGAUUUUGUAAAUUGCUCAUGCUGGGAGCCAUGCUGUGCUGUAGUGGCCAUGUGGAGCAUGCAGUGUGCAGUGUGAGUUGCUAUUUUUGCAGUCCAAGUUGAGUCCAAGAAAAAACCCCAUGAUGAGGAUUACCUUCAAGAUAUUGGACAUAUUUCUAUUGCCUCUCCUCUCCUAGUAAUUCGUUUUCACACUGUAGCAUUUACAAUUUAAGUUUUGAGGUUAGUCAGAAUAAAAUCUUUUACAAAAGGUAGUUUUGAGUAAGUCAGUCCUUAUCCUGAAAUUUUCCUGAUGAGUUGUUAUCGCUUUUAUACUACAGAUUUGCUGUAAAACUACAUUUUAAACAUAUAUUUUGACAGGCCUUUUCAAAUGGCCUAGUUUGUGCUUAGCUCCAAUCCACCCCAAAUGGUAGUUUGAGUUUAAAAUGUGACUAUGUAACAUUUGCUUAACAUUGGCCAGCAUGGCCACACUUGACAUAAUGGUAAAUGCUAAAACAUAGUGUAGCAGUAGUAGAUCAGAGUAUAAUCAUCAAGUCAAGUAACUGACUCUGUAAUGUCUGUCAUACAGCUAAAUCUAAAGUUUGGGAACAUUAGCUAACAUUAGCCACCAUAAGCUACCAGACCAAGUGAGGCUGUAGUGUAUUUAAUUGAGCAAUGGUAUUGCUUAUGAAUUCAACUUUUCAUUUGUAAAAGGGAAAUUGUGUUAUUUCUUCUUUCAAAAGUUACAUAGUCUUGCUUUAAGUUUGAAUUUUAUGUAAAUGUACCAGUCAAAAUUUAACAUAAGGACACAGAACAUAAUAUGAAUGUAUGGACUGGGGGGAAAAGCCCCAAAAUGGCCUAUUCAUUUUCUCUAUCUAAAUAAUUAAAAACAGAAUUCAUUAUGUUGUAGAUAUAUGUAGUUCACACUUAUUUUCUAUAGGUUGAAUUUAAUAAUAUUGUAUAUUUUUUCAGAGUUUAAAUAAAUACAAAGUCUAUUCGUGGCACACAUAAUUAUCGGAGCCAGACAUAAUUAGAUCUCUAGUCGAAGCCUAUGCGGCUAGUUUUCUGUUGUGUUCAGUGUUGCUGGGCGAAGGAUGCUCAGCAGCAUGCUUUCUGACAUUGUAUGCUGAGCGUCCACUGUGUGCUGUGUGUGUCCUGAUGUUGCACAUCAGGGAAAGGAAGAGCUGAGCCAAUAGAAAGCAAUUGGUCUUGAACGAAGCAUUUGAUUUUCCUGCUCUGGAAAAUCCAAUGCUAUCUAGAUGUCAACAAAGGGGGGGAAAGCUUUUAGCUCAAUAUGUGGCUUGGCUUGUGACACAAAAGCAACUCAUUGUCCUCUCUGCCUCUGUGUCCUCGGCUCCUGCCAGUUGCUGCUCUAUCAGUUUAAAAUAUACAUUUAUUAGCUGAAAUAUGGAUUUGCUAUCUUUUAUUAUAAAUUCAUAAAAUUUUCCAAGUGCUCAAAUUCUAUUUCCACAAUAUACCAUUAUAUACCAUUGCCACAAUAUACUAUAACUUCCCCUUUUACUCGAACUUCUAUGCCUUUUAGAAAUUCUCAGCCACAUCAGCUCACUGACCCUCCCUUUUCUCUCGUCAUCAGUUCCUCUUAAUUUACUCCCUAAGUAUUUUCAAACACAAGCCAGCUCAAACAUGUGAUAAAACAUGAACUGCGCAUAAUCUGUCAGGACUGGACAUGGAAGGGAACUGCCUUGGGGAAGAUUUGGCCCUCCCCUCCACCCCCACCCUCUAUCCUCCUUUUUCUCUAUCUCUUUUUCUUUUCUCUUGGCUGCCUCUGUCGACUUGAUGAGCGUUCCCGAUGUUAACACAGAUUGAAUUUAUUAUUAAACAGACAGGGCCAACUGUUUCCCUUCUGUAGUUUGAAUCAAAAUGCAGUUUUUAUUAUUAUUAUUAUUAUAUUAUUAUUAUUAUUAUUAUAUUAUUAUUAUUAUUAUUAUUAUUAUUAUUAUUAUUAUUGCCAAAAUUAAAUUUUUUGGCUGAAUGUGGAUGUACUGUAGCUUAUGCUGUGAUUUAACCAGUGUUUUAUAAGCUGAAACUAGGGGGAUAGGGGUACUCUUAAUUAUAUAGAGAUUAAUCUGCCAUUUGUUGUGACAUCAUUGGCAUUUACAGGUUUACCAGAUGUUAUUUCGUAUAUGCUGUAUGUACACAUUUAUAGAAACAUACCUCCAGCUGACAGUUGAAGUGCUGUAUUGUGGUUCCAUGUAAAACCCCCCUGAGCCCUCACCUUGUCAACUCGGUGAGUCAUCUUUCCAGAUGCCACUGCUUUGAUUUUGGAGAAGGGCGAUGUGAGGCAACAGUCCCACAAGCGAAAUGUUUUGUUUGAUCCAGAGCAUUUCCUCUAGGCUGCCCUACAAGUUGCUUUGGGGAGCUAUAGUGACAGUACACGGUCUUUCAAUCAGUGUAGUUACAUGAUGUACGACAACUUAAGCUAAUCUGACAGUGCAGAAUCUCCUCCAAUGGCAGGCCAAGGGACACAGCAAACGUUGGGCCAAAUGACACUCCCAGGCCCCGGGAAUGUGGAGGCAUUUUAAUGAUGAUGUUUCAGCUUACUUAAACUGUCUAGGAUAAUGACGGAGUCCCUACCUCGACAUCGAUUCAGUGACAAAGCUUCAUGUAAAAAAUUUAAUUGCAGUAUUUAGGGUUGGGGAGUGCAGGGAUAGAGUAUUGUACAAUGAUGUUCAAAAUGUAGUUGAAAUGUAGUGUGAACACAAGUGCUUUUUAUCUUCAAAAAUCCUUAAUGUGUGUAGCAAAUUUACAUGCUGUAUGUUUUUUCCAGGUGGGAUUAUAAUUUACAGUAAGAUGCAGCAGUCACUGACUAUUUAUAUAUUUAUUUAUUUACAUGUUUCUGUAAAUGUUCAUUCAUGAAAGUGAUGUCAAAGAUUAUAACCCUCAGAAUAAUUACAGUAUUUAGUUUACAAGUUGUACAAAAAAUGUGCCCUUCUUGUAAAAUAAACAUGUAUGUAUUUUUUUUUUCA